AGCGGGAAACGCCUUGAUCCCCCGGAGACAUAAUCCAGGUAUAGAACCAAUAAGACCAUUGACAGGAUUCUCCGCCAUCAUGCUAUGCCCAUUAAGUCUGAAAGAAUUGGCCCCUCCGCUCUUCGGCCAUCCGUGAGUGAGUGACUUUGACUGCCAGACCGAGUCCUCGCUUUUUGCUCCUCUUGCACCAUAUCGACGCCACCAUUUACAAUAACCCCAACCCGCACGUCAGACUACGACCUUUGUGUCAUACUCUCCUGCAUAUUACUCCAGAUCUUCUGCGAUCAAUUAGCUUCUUCUGGUUUCUUUCCGUUUACACAGACACACAUCUCCCUUGUGCGACACAUCAAGUCAAACCUUUUGCGAUAACCGAAAUCCCGAUCGAUAUGUAAAACACCCAUAUCCAGAAAUCACAGACGACUCAAUGCCGUUUGACCUGAUCGAUAGGCAUCGAGAGCACGCCCUGAUGGACGCAGAAUGGGAACAGCCAUCCAGAAAGAGACUGCGCCUCAGCUUAGCUGAAGAGAAGGAUGAUUGUGAAGAGAACUUACAUUCCCAACACAUGCCUGAUGCCUCAAAGGACAAGAGUAUUACAAUCGCUUCAACCGCAAAGCAUGCCAGAAAUACUGUCGCUCCCUUUCUGGCCAGACAUAUACCCUCUCAAUACGCUCCGCUCGGCAAGCAUGGCAAAUCAAACAUUGAUGCAGCAGAUGAUUCCAAUUCAAAAUUCUGCUAUCGCCAUCGACCGGACAUGCUAUGCCGACGACAGGCGGACGAGCCAUCUAUGGACAAGCUACAAAAGGGCCUCGAGGCGCUUUCUCAAGAAGACCGUCAAGGCAUCGUCCAGGUCUGGUCCUUGUUCUCCGCUGCACCAUCCAAGCACCGAAACCUGAUGUUGCAGGGCAUCCUGGCUCAAUGCUGUUUCCCGCAACUUUCGUUCCUCUCUGCGAACGUCCAGAAGCUGAUUCGCAUCGAUUUCAUUUCGGCUUUACCUGCGGAAGUCGCUUUUCGCAUCCUCUGUUUUCUGGAUACCACCUCCCUAUGUAAAGCUGCACAGGUCUCGCGAAGGUGGAGACAAUUGGCGGACGAUGAUGUGGUUUGGCAUCGCAUGUGCGAGCAACAUAUCGAUCGGAAAUGUACAAAAUGUGGUUGGGGCUUGCCGUUGCUAGAGCGAAAAAUGCUACGAGCCUCGAAAAGGCAGAUUGAACUGCGCGCAGCCGGCAAUCAUUCAAUCGAAGCAGCCUCAGAGAUCCCUAUACAACCUCUCGAAUGCACCACCGGCUCCGAUACCGAGAGCCACCAUGAUUACUCCGACCUCGAAAAGCUGUCUGAUGGCCACCUAUCCCCAGUCCAAGUGAGGAGACCUGCACUGGGGACCACUGACAGUGAAUACAGGAGGACAAGGCCAUGGAAAGAUGUGUACAAAGACAGAUUCAAGGUUGGCACCAAUUGGAAGUACGGACGAUGCAGUAUCAAGAUCCUAAAAGGACACUCCAACGGCGUCAUGUCACUACAAUUGUGCGACAACAUCUUAGCAACGGGAUCCUACGAUGCCACCAUCAAGAUCUGGAAUCUGGAUACUGGUGAAGAACUCAGGACCCUGAGAGGCCAUACGAUGGGUGUCCGCUGUCUUCAGUUUGACGACAACAAACUCAUCAGCGGUAGUCUGGAUAAGACACUCAAAGUAUGGAACUGGCGAACCGGUGAAUGUAUCGCCACGUACAACGGCCACCAUGAGGGGGUCAUUGCACUUCACUUCGACUCCAAUAUCCUCGUGUCCGGGUCCGUCGAUCAUACUGCUCGCGUGUGGAAUUUCCAGGAUCGGUCCGUCUUCACUCUCCGCGGACACAGCGACUGGGUCAACUCCGUCAAGAUCGAUUCCGCAUCCCGCACCAUCUUCACCGCCUCAGACGACUGCACGGUCAAACUGUGGGAUUUAGACACCAAGAAAAUCAUCCACACUUUCGAAGGGCAUGUCGGCCAAGUGCAGCAAGUUCUGCCUCUGCCACCCGAGUUUGAGGCCGAAGACGGAGAAGAAGAUCACGACGAGGAUUCCGACCCAGGUAGUCCUUCCAGUCAAGUCACUGUCAAAUCUGAGCGCAAGCACAACGAAAGUAAAGCGUUGUCAAUCGACCAUACGGGUCUGUGGCUGACACAGCAUGACCGGCCCCAGCCGCCGCGAUAUAUGCUGACUUCGGCAUUGGACUCGACGAUUCGGCUUUGGGAUGUACAUUCUGGCCGCUGUAUCAGGAAGUUCUUCGGGCAUGUCGAGGGUGUAUGGACCAUUGCGGCAGAUACUUUGCGCUUCGUGUCUGGUGCCGAGGAUCGCAUGGUCAAGGUGUGGGAUCCGCGUACGGGAAAGUGUGAAAGGACGUUUACUGGUCAUGCUGGACCUGUGACGUGUAUUGGAUUGAGCGAUAGUCGGAUGUGCAGUGGUGGAGAGGAUGGUGAGGUGAGGGUUUACAACUUUACGGCGUGAUUUGAUUCAGAUCGGUGCGGGAGUUCCAAUAAGGAAUGGGGAUUUUGUUAUCAGGGCGGUGUUCGGGCUAUUUUGUGGGAAUGGUUCUCAAAAGGCCAAAACAGCACGGUGCUGAAGGUUUACUGGAACAUUGACGGAUGGAUAAGGAUGCUAGUCGUCAUGUUCUCAGCGUGAUACCAGGCGUAUGGCGGUCAUAUGUCAAGUAUGUAUUCCGGAUACAGUACCGUUGCUGAAAAAGGUUGGGUUGGGUUCAGACGGCCGGGCAGGUAAACAAAAUACCAAUUGCCGUUGAUGAUUGAA